CUUCCCGGGGCGGAGCGGGGCGGCUCCGGCUGUCUGCAAAUAGAAGUGAACUGACAACUCUGAUACUUUUUGGUUCCAAAGAAGAUGAAGAUCCCCUGUUUGCUGCUGAGAUUCCCUCGUUGUUAUUUCUCCAGAAGAACUUACUUCAUGAACUUUCGCUUCACUUCCCCGGCAGAUUUCCCGGGCCUUGAGUCUCCCAGGCCAGCACAUCACUGUCGCACAAAAUGGAUUUGUUCAUCAAACGCUUUGAGGAGAGAGCUGUGCCAGCAGGCAGCCCCUGAGCUGCAAGCAGAGGAGCUUUCUGACCAGGAGCAGAGACUCAUAGACAGACUUUACCAGGGGCUAAUCCAGGGCCACAGAGCCUGCUUAGCCGAAUCCAUUACACUCAUAGAAUCAACUCAGAGUAGGAAGAAGAAAGUAGCCCAGGUGCUCCUUCAGAAGGUAUUAUCCUACCACAGGGAACAAGAAAAUUUAAAUCAAGGAAAGCCACUUGCCUUUAGAGUGGGGUUGUCUGGUCCUCCUGGUGCUGGAAAGUCGACCUUCAUAGAAUGCUUUGGGAAGAUGCUUACGGAAAGAAACCACAAAGUGGCUGUGUUGGCUGUGGACCCUUCCUCUAGUACAAGUGGUGGUUCCCUGCUGGGUGAUAAAACAAGGAUGACUGAGUUGUCAAGAGACAUGAAUGCAUACAUCAGACCAUCUCCAACCAGUGGGACACUGGGAGGUGUCACAAGGACCACAAAUGAAGCCAUUCUGCUGUGUGAAGGAGGAGGCUACGAUGUUGUUCUCGUGGAAACAGUGGGUGUGGGCCAGUCAGAAUUUGCUGUGGCUGAUAUGGUUGAUAUGUUUAUAUUACUGCUACCACCUGCGGGUGGAGAUGAAUUACAGGGCAUCAAGCGGGGCAUCAUUGAGGUGGCAGACCUGGUUGCUAUCAACAAGGCUGAUGGUGACUUGGUUGUGCCUGCCCGGCGGAUCCAGGCUGAGUACGUCAGCGCCAUGAAGCUGCUCCGCAAGCGUUCCAAGGUUUGGAGGCCAAAGGUGAUGCGCGUCUCCGCCAAGACCGGCGAGGGCGUCUCGGAGCUGUGGGACAAGAUGGCCGAGUUCCGCGAGCUCGCGCUCGGCAGCGGCGAGCUGCUGGCCAGGCGGCGCCGGCAGCAGAAGGUGUGGAUGUGGAACCUCAUCCAGGAGAACGUGCUGCAGCACUUCCGCACGCACCUGGCCGUCAAGGAUAAGAUCCCGCUUCUGGAGGAAAAGGUUCUUGCUGGGCUCCUGUCUCCUGGGCUGGCAGCUGACCUGCUGCUGAAGGCAUUCAAAGAUGGUCUCUAAGCAUUGUUUGUACUCUGCUCUUGAUGGGUGCUUUAUGUGAAACUUGUGAACGUUAAAUGCACUUUUUCUAUGUGUUGAUUCUGAUCUCUGCAGCUGAAAUGAUUCUGUACUCUGCAGAAGAAUUCUGUUGGAUUCUGUAUGUGCAGCGAUCAUGACAAAUCUAAACACUCACUAAGAGACUACUACACGCUAUUGGAAAAAAAUAAACUUCCAAAUCUUCUGUUUCUA